AUGAUCCCCCACGCGCUCAUCACCAUCCCCCUAAGAAUCCUCUACCUACUCACCGGUCUCCUCCUCUACAUCUCCACCCUCCCCAUCCUCCUAACCUGGCGUCUAUCCCUCACCCUCAUCCACCCCUUCCCCUUUUACCCCCGCGCUCUCACCCACUACCAACACCACCGCACGACUCUCCGCACCAUCCCCAUCCUACAAUCAACCAUUAAACACCGUAUCGGCAUCAUAUGCACCGCCCUCCUCCUCGCCCAAGCCACUCUCGCCGUAGCACUAGUCGAGAAGUCUCUUAUACAUUUUUCACCUUGGUUCACUGCGCACGCUCAGAAAACAGAGUACAAAAUUGAGCAUGCAAAGGAGUGGCGGAGUGAGCUUUUACUGCAUGUAUCGGGCUUUUUGAUUGGUUGUGCACCGUUUUGCGGUACGCUGGGGGUCGGGGUGGGGGUGCUGUGGUAUGUGAGGGAGAUAUGGAUGUGUGGGGGAGUUGACGGGGAGGAGAUGGAUGAGCAGUUUGAGGGGAAGGAGGAAGUUGUGUUGGGGAUGAAGACGGAAAGAAAGGAUAGGGUUGAUGCUAUGACAGAUGAGACUUUACCGUAUGAGGGUUCGCGAUGUAGUGGGUCUAUUAUGUCGAAGGAUAUAGGGGAUAUGCAGGAUUGGGAGGACGUGGAUAUCUCGGUUCCUUCGCCAGUCGUGGUUCCAGCAUCGCAAGAAAGGUUCAGGAGGAAUCCCUAUACACUGGCUGGUGUGAUGGCGAUUUGGGGUUGGGGGAACGAUAAAAGAAUCAGUGGAUAUGAUGGGCGCGAUGUGCGGAGAAGGAAUUUUGGAGCGGAUAUUGAGAUGGGUAAAGAACCGAAGAAGAUAUGA